GGCCUGGAAACUGCCCCGUGUCCCAUUUCCUCCUCUUGUUUUCGCUCCGGAUUCUCCAUGUUGGACCCCAACUGAGGAGCCCGGAGCUGCAGCCGGGGGAUCCGGGCUGGGGGGACCUGGGGGGGGUGGGGGGGAUCCGCUGCCCGGGCCGCCGGUCCUCCUUGCAGGCCGCCUCCCUUCUCUGCCUUGGGGAGGUGGACGGAGGGGGAUGUGAACAGCCCAAGGAGCCGCCUCCGCCACCGCCGCCGCAGCAGCCCCAGAGCCGGCCCCCGCCCAGGCCCCCCGUCCCCGCCCGCCCGCCCACCCAUCCCGGGCCCGCGGGGUUGUUAGAUGGAACACGGCUCCAUCAUCACCCAGGCGCGGAGGGAAGACGCCCUGGUGCUCACCAAGCAAGGUCUGGUCUCCAAGUCCUCUCCCAAGAAGCCUCGUGGACGUAACAUCUUUAAGGCACUUUUCUGUUGCUUCCGUGCCCAACAUGUUGGCCAGUCAGGCUGCAGCAAUGAGCUCACCUCAUACAAGGAGGAAACCAACACCAUUGCCAAGUCGGAUCUCCUCCAGUGUCUUCAGUACCAGUUUUACCAGAUCCCAGGAACAUGCUUGCUCCCAGAGGUGACGCAACAAGAUCAAGGAAGGAUCUGUGUGGUCAUUGACCUGGACGAGACCCUCGUGCAUAGUUCCUUUAAGCCAAUCAACAACGCUGACUUUAUAGUGCCUGUGGAGAUUGAGGGGACAACUCACCAGGUAUAUGUACUUAAGAGGCCUUAUGUGGAUGAGUUCCUGAGGCGAAUGGGGGAGUUGUUUGAGUGCGUCCUCUUCACUGCCAGCCUGGCCAAGUAUGCCGACCCUGUGACCGAUCUCUUGGACCAGUGUGGUGUGUUCCGGGCCCGCCUCUUCCGGGAGUCUUGUGUGUUCCACCAGGGCUGCUAUGUCAAGGACCUCAGCCGAUUAGGGAGAGACCUGAGGAAAACCCUGAUAUUGGACAAUUCUCCUGCCUCGUACAUUUUCCACCCAGAGAAUGCAGUGCCUGUGCAGUCUUGGUUUGAUGACAUGGCAGACACGGAGCUGCUGAAUUUGAUCCCCAUCUUUGAGGAGCUCAGCGGAGCAGAAGAUGUUUAUACCAGCCUUGGGCAGCUGAGGGCCCCAUAGCCUUCUCAAGCUCAGCGGCCUCUAGGACUGCAGGGGACUGUAACACACUGUGCCUUCGCUCUCAGCCAGGAAGGGAUGGGAGAAACAAUUGGAAAGUGAGUUAGGGCAGGUUAGGUGACGAUGUGGGCAAACGGCAGAUGAGUGACAACCGGGACCCCUGCUCCAUGAAACGGGCGCUAGAGGGACACACUUUGUGAGCGUGCGUAUGUGUGUAUGUGUGUGACGCUGACACCUUCUCGCCUUGAUGUGAUGAUUCAGGUUGGGGAAGAGGCCAAUGAUCACGGCUCCAACUCCCCUGAGCCAGAGCUCAUCUCCCUAGAGAGUCAGUCCAAGAGCCGUUGACCUCUCCUGGGAACAAAGACCAUUCAGUGCUCUAUUGCCAAACCUCGAGUCUUCCCUAGUAUGCAGGGCCUGUGCCAAGGAGGUGGGGGUAUGCUGCUCUCAGCAUAACGUGUAGGCAAACCGGCACCAGAUCCAAAUGCACACUACUCAGAAACUUUGCUCGGGACCCGUGGUGACCUUGGAAAAAAGAGAUUAUUUCUGAAACGUCCUAUGAGCCUAGACCUUGGCCUCACCAACAUGGCCAUGAGGACCAGGUGCAAGGGGCCAUCACUGCCACCUGCCAAGAGCUCCUUCCUGGCCUUUUCCCACUAGCCUGGGACUUGCGGGCCUCCCUUCCCUCUACUUCACACCCCAGUUACAUUUCUGAAAGCAUGGGCAAGAGAUCUCCCUUACCCUUGAAGGAGGACAGAGAAUUGAUUUCAUUUGAUGGGACUCUUUUAAAGUUCUCUUUCUAAAAAUGGAUUGUGGGGCUUGGUUUGUUGCUGAAAGCAUCUUGGGCUCUGGGCUGAAAGCUGGGGGAUGAGGGAGUCAGAGGCUUGUUUCCAGUGCUUAGUAGGACUUUUGCAAGCCAGAAAUUCUAUUACUCUGAGUCAGGGAUCAGAUUAUAGAUCUUGAGAGGAGUCUAGAGAACGAUUCUUUUCAGGGAUCCUUCAAAGGAACAGGAAGGAGCAGUUUUCAUGCCAUUGAUGCUCUUCCAAUUCCUUGAGCAGAAUCCUUUCUCGUUUCAUCUUCCAGGCAUUGAAUUUUAGGAGGGAUGGGACAGUGAGGCCUUUGCAUGGGCAGCCUCAAAGAUACCCGUGUCCCUUAGGUGGGAAAUAAACAGUGAGAAAGAACAGUCGGUUCUCUUCAUUGUGGUGUACGAGCUUCCUGCAGAUGCCUUAGUGACACAGCAAAGAAAGUAGACCCAAGGCAUGCUCAGGUGUGAGGUUUCAAAAUCUGUGUGCACUUCAGAGUCCGUGUGAUGUCCGGGGCUCUUUUUAAAGGAAGCAUUAGUUCUUAUUAAGUCACCUGUACAAAAUGGAAUCGCUUUCCAAGUUUAGAGAGUUCUGAUGAAUUGGGAAGCACUUUGGGGAUGUCAUAAGGCGAACCCCAAGUAAGCAGUGCUAUCUUGUAAUCGCGUUCUGCUAUAGCCUUGGCUUCUGCUGGAAUGGGUGUGGUGUGGAACCCAAAGGAAGAUCACCUAAGAGGUAAUUAGGAGCCAAUUUUCCUACCUUUCCCUGAAGAAACUCCACACUGCUUCAGGUACAGUACACUUAAAACUUAGGAUUCUUCCCCACCAUUCUCUCUGACUUUUAUAUGCUUUCUGGAGGUCUAGGGGCGGGGGUGGGGGUGGGGGCUUCAGGAAAUGGCCAGGUGGAUGAAGAUGCAGGGAAAACAGCUUUUUUGUGUUUUGGUGUGAUUCUGGUUAGUCCUUCUUGAACCCAAUCUUGGUGCGAUUCUGAUUCCCUCCGUUGUCGUCACGUUUCCAUCUUUUCUCCUUUGUUUUAUAUACCAAGGUAGUGCCAUGGAGCACAUGUCCAGGGACCCAAACACUGGAGAUAGAGAACACAAUUUCCCCAGAGUCCAUUUUCUCUCUCCAGCUACUACUCUGUGGCAGCGUUUCCUAAGACUUGUCCUCUGAGUAUAAAUGGAGGGUGAGCCUGGGUGCUGACAAAGUUCAAACCAACCUAAUCAUCUACCCCAUACUUCCUACCAGAUUCUGAGGCCCAGCUGUCACCAGAGAGUUGAGGGGAGGGAGCUAGAUUUGGGACUUAAACCUACUCACCUCCAGGCCAUUAUCUACCGCUUCUCAAGGUGGAGUUCCUGACCCACCCGCCUUUGUCAUUAGGGACUUUUUGAGACUUUAACUUCCUGAAACACACUCAAUGAGCAAUAAUGAAAGACAUUCCUAAGCCUCUGUUCCUGGGCCCCUUGCUGCUGUGAGUAUGAUUCUAAAGAAGGCAGGGGGAAGGGUAAUGCCGACAUUCCUAUGUUGCUUCUACUUGAGAUAACCCUUUGAGUGUCCUGCACCAAAUGUCCAUGUUUCCUGGCCUACUGGUACGUACAGCAAUUCGUUUUUAUUCAACUGUACAUAUAUCCUGCACCCUGGACCCUCUAGCCAGUCUUCAUGGUCUUCCAGCUAAAGCAUGUUCCCUCAGAGAAGUGUCACUCAUUCACCUCUGCCAGAUUUGAACAGGACCUUAUGCCAGCCUGGGCCAGCCCAAAGCAGUUUGAAACAAUAAUUUGGGUAGUAGUGUGUCAUAGGUUUGGCAGGGUUUUCAAACCCAGGUCCCAAGAGGAGUUACUACUAAAGGAGUGGCAAGUUUACUCUUGGAAAGAGCCAGGGCUGGGUCCCUGUGGGUACACCAUUCCCCCCCCCCCCACUCCCCCCGCAAGAGUUCUUAAGCAAGUGGAGGUCUUCUCAACCAAGGAUGACCAGAGUUCUUUACCUCACUUGGCUAUGAGCAGAGCUCAGCCAGGGUGCCCCAUUUAAACUAGGUCUCAGCUAAAGAGCUAAUGCUUCAUUAGAGAGAUCAUCCUACACAUAGACCAACUGCUACAGGAGUACACCCUUCUGCCAAAUGUAGUUCUUUAAGUUGCCUCUUCAGUGACACAAUAGUUGUCUCUGAUUGGGCUUCUGUUUAGAAAGAGCCUGAUGUUCACAUCCCUCUCAUAGGGGGAAGCUUUAAACAAAGGGCCAGUUUGGGAGAGGGUCAGGGUUAAGCGUCUCAACUCUGCACAUUGUAGAGAGGAUGCUCUUCAGAGGCCUGUAGAUCCCAGGCUGGGGAGGUAAAGAGAGCAGUGUCCUGGACCUGAAAGAUUUUUAGAAUUGGGCCAUGAACUUGUAUGUUUAAUUGUUGAACAGGGAAAGAAAUAUCCUUGGGUAAAUUUGCCUUAAGAGUUGUCUGGGACUUUUUAGCUCCCUCCCGCCUCCCAAAGAUGUUGACUAUUUUGUAAACUUGUAAAUUUACCUUUACUGUUUUAUAUAAGAACCCAGAAACUUUGGAUGUGCUAAUCAUGGAAAGUCUAAAAAAAGUAGCCAGCCCCCUGGCUUGCCCAGCCCUGUCCUAAUGCCUUCUCUCCUGGGAGCCCCUUGUGCCAUAUUAAAGAAUUCUCCAUGCUCAAGCCAUGGGUAGAGUAUCUCCCUUUGUAUUGAACCAGUAAGGUUUGGGAAAAUAAGAGACUAAGUACCUCUAUACAAUUCCCACUGCCUCCAGGGUUUCUGGGGAGAAUAAGGGGAACCCAGGGUGUCUGGCUCGAUUGUUACUGCAGAGUCCCCAGCUGUCAUGGAGUUCGUUCAUGACUCAGUCACCUCUGCGGGACAGAGCUUUUAAAAAGCAGUUGGCCUUACUCAAACCUGGGUUCUGCAGGGGGUGCUGGUUGGCCAGCCUCCUUCUCUAAUGAAUCUGGGCCUUUUUCCCUGGAGAGGACACACUUUUCUCUUCCAGCCUCAAAGGCAAGCCUUUCUGCUCAGAAGGACCCUACGUGUGAGAGUUACUCCAUCUUGUGCUGCUCUUCCACUUGAGGGGCGGGGCGGGAGGCUGCACCCCACAUCACCUGUGCUAUAGGAUUCUGACUACCCUGGUUACAGAUUAAUGGUUUCUUGGAGAAAUUUGUUUUAUUCCAAAACUUGAAAUGUUUGACGCCAUUAAGUGUCUGUUUAUAUUUUUGGAAUAUUUGUAUUACUUGCAAUUAAAUAAUAAAAAGGUUUUUUUUUUAAAAAACCCAA